AUGGACGGUGACUUUGGAGCUGUGAAAAGUGACAACCUCGGCAGCCGCUAUGAACAGCGCUCGAAAGACCCCAACUUGUCGGACAAGGAGCGCGAGGCGGCACUCUUCUUCACAGUGGCAGAAAAGCACAUCCAAGAAGAGCAGGCCGAGGAGGCCUUGAAGCACAGCGAGGAGGUUCGGAGCAGUGCGAACCGGUCCGGACCGAGGCCUUGA